AUGACACUUUGCAUUCUAACGGCACCCUAUACACGGUUGAUGCGGAAAUGGCGCAAUAUGCGCAAUAUGCGAAAUAACGCAAUAAUAUACCAGCACGCAUUGGGCACAAUGAGCACAGCAAAAUUUUUUAAAUAGAAUUCGGUUCGUUUAAGUCUCUCGGAGUCUCCUGGAGUGUGAAAAUGGUAAAACUGCAAAGAAGAUUGUGCUGGUUGUCCAUUCAUAUCCUUGUUUUUAUGGCUUUACCUGGAUGUCUAAGCCUUUCCAACACAGGUGAUGUGGCUUUUCUCAACGCACCUGACGCGCCCGUCUCCAGGUGUCCUUUACGCAUCAUCUACACCUGUUUUACAUCUUCCGUGGUGCACGUACAGGUCCUGGUUUCUUUCGAUAGUGGAUCUACCUCAGUCGUUUUCCACAAACACUGGACCUGCGACGCCGGACGUGCCAGAACCAAAGCGAUAACUGUGCGCUUUCCCGACUGGCUUGUGUAUCAACCUGACUGGGUAAUACGCGGGUCCGAUUGGGUGCUCAGCUGUUUGUUGCGUGGAUGGAUCGGCACUGCAGAAUCCACCCAACCGGGCAGGUUUUCUCUCGCCAGUGUGACUGUUCCCAUCGAUAUACAGACACCACUGAGUCGACCUUUUAAACAGCACCUGCUUUGUGCCAACUGGGACACAGAGUUGCGCUGGAGAGUCAGUAGAGAUGACAUGCCACAGUGCGCAAAAGAAAAUGAGGUGGCGUCUCUUCUUUCCACACUGUAUGCCUCCACUGGCGAAAAUUAUGGCAUCAUCAAAACACUCCAGCCUUACAGGAAUGAAGUAUUAGAAGGAUUGCGAGUCAAAUCCUUCUAUUAUCCCUGGUGUGAUUUUUCACUCUGGGUUUUGUUGGUGAAACCUUGCAGUACCCGUUUAUGUGGACUUCUACACCACAUUGACUCAGAUAAUAACUAUUCCACACCGUCCUUGUUCCUCACUGAAACCGGUAAGAUUCAUGUGCAGUUGCAUGGAGAAACUGGUCACUCAUCAGCGUUCCUUUCUCCGUUCAAGGUUCCUCUUUAUCAGUGGUGUCGUCUCAGCCUGAAGAUAUUGGGAAGAUUGGCAAAACUCUCUAUUGCAUGCACUGAUGGACAGCAGCAAUUUAUUAAGAAAGCUGAGCACAUGUUUAAGAUGAACCUGAAGCUGGAUGACACGCAAGGUUAUUUUGUGAUUGGUGGAGGUAAAUUCACACGGGGAAUUGAAGGAUAUUAUGGGCCUACUACAUACUAUCGUACACAGGGGCUCCCAGAUGACCAGGCUGAGAUUCAACUUCCUCAUGUAAUAGCAAAGGUGAAUAUUACUGGAUGGUUCCAAUCAUGUAGGGAAUUCAAAUCAGAACUUUUCCUCACCGUUCAAUCCAAUAUACAGAGAAUCUCAGAGAGCUCUUUGGAUACAUACACAGAGCUUGUACUGAAUCACAGUCCAGCAAACUCAACGGAACAGUGUACAUUCUUCGAAUCGCCAAAAAAUCCUCACAGGCGUCAAGUUGCACAUUUGACCAAGCUACUAUCACAGAAAUACAGCAGGGUGAAUGCUGCAGUGGUGGGCAGAGAGCUGUAUUCUCUAGUGCUGCGUAAGCUGACAACGGCCGACAGUGUGGAGGCUAUAAACAGGCUGGUGCCUUUUCUUCUACAGUCUAGCUGUUUAGGAGACAAUAGAGCACUACAUCUCUCCUCUGUGCUCUACAGCAGUGGGUUUGGAGUCAAGAGGCAGCCAUACAAGGCUUGGCUGCUGUCUCUGCUGGCAGCUCAGCGGGACUGGAGACUGGCCCUGCUGCAUCUUGGGUACAUGCACCUUAUUGGCGACCUGGAGGGGACCCCUGACCAUGACCUCUCCUAUGCUUAUUACAUCAACAUUGCAAGACAAACCAGCAUAGAUCAGAAGAAACCAAACCCAAAGCAAACUUUUGUUGAGUUAAUACGCUUGAAUGAUGAAGAAACAUUAAAUGCGCAAACCAAUGAAAACGAUGAUCUGUUUCACUGGCUAAAACUGCAGGCACGAAGUGGAGUGGCUGAAGCAGAGCAAGCAAUGGGCCGUAUGUUGUUCUGGGGUCAGCAAGGUGUGUCACCAGACAUUCGAACCGCAGUGAAGCACUACGAGAGGGGAGCAACCAAACUGCGUGAUCCUACCUCCAUGUACGACUACGCCAUCGUGCUCCUUACGGGCCAAGGAGUUCCACAAGAUGUGGAGAGGGCUGUUACAUUUCUGAAGAAAGCAAAAGAACAGGGGUUUGUUCCGGCUAUCACUGCUCUGGGCUGGUACUAUGAGCAGUUUGAGAAAGAUUACGAGAAGGCUGUACAUCUGUGGGAAGAGGCUGAUGCAAAGGGUCACCCUGAUGCUGCCAUGAAUCUGGGAGUUUUCUAUUCGCAGGGCCUCUAUCCUGGACAUCCUGCAGACCAGUUUAAGGCAUAUACGUAUUUCCUGAGGUCAGCUCAGAGAGGACACAUAAAUGGUGGCAUUGAACUGGCUGAUGUAUGGAUCCAUGGGAUCCCUGGCCAGGUGUCCCGACGUCCAGCAGAUGCUGUUCUGUGGCUUAAAUGGGCCUCUGAACACAAUGGAUAUCUAGGAACAGUCUUAAGGAAAGGGCUGAAUGCGUAUCUCAAAGGAAACUGGAUAAUGGCUUUGAUUUAUUAUCUCAGUACAGCAGAGAGUGGAUUUGAAGCUGCUCAGUUUAAUGUGGCGUACCUGUGUGAACUCAACUCUGACUCUCUGCAUCCAGCUCUGGUGACUCAGUGCAUGUUAAGAUACUAUAACAUGUCAAUACAGGGCCAAGAUCAUGCUCCUUAUGCUUUGAUCCGAAUGGGAGAUCUGUUCUAUGGCGGACAGGCUUUGGGCAGGAAAGAGGUUUCUAAUGCAGCAGAGAUGUACAAACAAGCAGCUCUUAAGAAUGAACCACAGGGCUGGUAUAAUCUUGGCCUGCUUGUUCAACAGGGAGAGUCUCUUCCCUUUAGUCUUCUUUCUGAGCUUAAUUUACUGCAUCUAUACUUAACAGACAAACAGCAGCUCCUCAUCACCCUUUUCCACAGGUGUAGAGAAACCAAUAGCACUGAAGCAUACUUACCCUGUACAUUGGCACUGUUCAAAGCACACCUACAAUCCUUCCAGAUAGAUAAGGAUAUCGCAGUAAAGCUCUUUGCAACAGUUUCAGCAGCAGUUGGAACUCUGUCAUUUAUUAUCAGACUGUUUAAACGGAGGACAGCACCCUGCCAACAAACUUCACUAACAUCUACUUCCAGUUCCAGCCAAACCCAAGAAGAGGAGGAGGAAUCUUAAAGCCAUGUAUAAUGUUUUUAAGUGAUACUCCACCACAUUUUUUUUUAACAGGGGAUUUUGUUUUUUAAUCCACGUUUUUUUUGUUUUGUUAUAUCUUUGUGAAAACAGGACUAUCAGGAUAUUUAAAGGGAUAGUUCACCCAAAGAUGAACAUUUUUGUAAAGCUCCAAAAACACCAUAAAAUGUAGUAAAAGUAGUCUGUAUGACUUAUGCACUAAAUUCUGGGUCAUAACUUUGAGUGUGGAACAGACUAAAACUAGGGGAUUAUUCACUUGAAGCUUUUUAAGAUUACUUCUUGUGUGCUCCAUAUUUAGCAUACGGGGUUGGAACGACACAUGGGUGAGUAAAA